GGUUCUGCCUUUGAAAUAGAGAAUAAAGAAAAACUAUCAAUAGAAUUAGAAAGAAAAAUACUUAUCUUAACUCUCAGCAUCACUUUGGCAAGACCAACAGACCCAAAACUCAGUCCAAAUCUACGCAUUAAUCGAAGUCUACCUAUUUGGAGUUUUGAGUUUGUCAGAUAG